UGCCGUUGGUGUAAUCGUUGACGGCGAACGAAACGUCUCCGAGUGAACGGUGGUUUCGUGAACAAAUUGUUCUUAUCGCCAGUAUAGAGAUAUGAAAUUAAUAUUAUCUAAAAACUGUGCUGUUCAUUUAUACUAGUGUUGAUUUUGUGCUGUUGUGUAUUGAUUACAUCUGGACGUGUUAUUUGUGUGGAGUGUUUGACGGAGGAAUUGGGGAAAUAGCUUGUGUAAUUGUGCUUUAUUAGUUCAAACGUCUCUGUAAUCAGCAGAAAUGCAGGCGAUCAAAUGCGUUGUGGUCGGCGACGGAGCCGUCGGUAAAACAUGCCUGCUCAUCAGUUACACGACAAACGCCUUCCCCGGAGAAUACAUACCAACAGUAUUCGACAACUACUCAGCCAAUGUGAUGGUAGAUGGCAAACCGAUCAACCUGGGACUGUGGGAUACGGCGGGUCAGGAGGACUACGACAGGCUCCGACCGCUCUCCUACCCACAGACCGACGUGUUCCUCAUAUGCUUCUCGCUCGUCAACCCCGCCUCCUUCGAGAACGUGCGCGCUAAGUGGUUCCCAGAAGUGAGGCAUCACUGCCCGUCAACGCCCAUCAUCCUGGUCGGCACCAAGCUCGACCUGCGCGAGGACAAGGACACCAUCGAAAAGCUGAAGGACAAGAAACUCGCGCCCAUUACCUACCCACAGGGCCUAAGUAUGUCUAAGGAGAUCAACGCCGUGAAGUACCUGGAGUGCAGCGCGCUGACACAAAAAGGCCUCAAGACCGUGUUCGACGAGGCCAUCCGCGCCGUGCUGUGCCCCGUGCCGCCCGUCAAGAAGCGGCGCGCCUGUAGCCUGCUGUAGAGAUUCGCGUAGACAGCGGUGCCAGUGUGCAGUGUGCGGCCAGCAAGGUUCUGCAGCGCGACGUGGCUCGACACGUGUGUGCUGUGUGUAAAGUGGACUGCGAUACGCAUACAUACAUGUUAGUUUACUGUUAACGCAUACUAAUGUAACGUGGGUCGGUGUGUGUCAUCCCUAUAAUAUAUAAAUAACGGUUUUUUAUAAAUUCGGAACAACUCACUAUUGGGUGCUUUACUCUUGACGCGUUCUUUGCUUUACAUUAAAAGUUACAUUCCUACAUUUGUUAAUAAAUUGCAUCGGUACAAAUUGUUUCCCGAAUUUACGUUUGGAAUUGUUAAAUUUUUUGUUAGGCAGAGAUUAUAUUUUUCGAUUGUGACGGUUUAUUUUUGUUCUCGCCUGUUUCAACGUAGUGGGUAUAAGUACAGUAUUCGUUAAGAAGUUAACAUUUGUAUUCAUUGUGUAUUAAAGUAGUUAAAAAUUAAUCAAAUGACUUCCAUUAAAGCUAAUCUAACUAAUAACUAUACAUUUAGACAAUCCAAUCAAGAUGGGACGAGCAAAUCUACUUUGCGUAAUCUUUUAAAUAUUAGGCGACGGCACGGUUUUAUAAAUCUUUCGUUAGACUUUAUAUCGGUCUUUGCUAUCAAAGCUUGUUCUGUUAUACAGUAAAUACUAUCGACAGGCAUAAAUCAUUUAAUUAACUACUAAACUAUCAAAACAUGUUGCCAAAAUGACUCAAACGUGAGUAUACCUUAAUAUUAAUUACAAUAUUAAUUUUACAUGUAUUGUCUUAGAUGUUUAUAAAACCGAGCCUAUACUCCAACAGUUUUUAUUACAGACAGGCAGAUUCAAACUAGUGAUAUUUCCUUAAGAGGAAAGAGGACGGCAGAUUCUCCAUACAAACGUAGUCCCCAUUUUCCUCUCUGGAUACUGUCAUUUAGGAAUUUAUUUUUACAUAAUUUUAUGUAUAUACGUAGGGGUAUAGCUAUGAAUAUCCAUAGCUAUGCCUGUACAUUUGACUUUUUUCGAUUUUUGUAUUAUUAUAAAAAAUAGGGGCAAAAAACAGAUUUCACACAAAAUUUUAAAUGCUACUAAAUCCUGGAGGUAAUAAAAAUUCGAAAUAUAUCACACGUAGGGGCAUAGCUGUGGUUGAUAUACAACAAAUUAUGUCAAAAUAUUUUCAACAAUGCUAAUAUCCAGAGUGGAAAAUGAUGUUUGUAUGAAAAGGUGAUUUCAAGCGGGUCCAUCACUUUCCUCUUAAUGUUCAGCUACUAUGUGGUUACACGUUAAGUUAGUUUGAUGGAAGUCAGUUCGGAGCACUCUCGUGUGACAUACGUUAGAUACAUAUCGUUGGAACUGCGUAGCUAGAUGUAAAUGUAUCCCACUGUCGACUUAUAGCUGUUCAGAAAUUAUUCUUGAUUUACUCAUGUUUAUAUUUUGCGUUUUAUUGUAAACUAAUGAAAUAAAGGGCUAAAUGACAAACGGACAAACGCCGAGGUGAUGGAUGCUAAAUGAUUAGUUACAGAAAAUUAGAAUUGAAAUUUCAACCAGGUUGCUUUAAAGUUGUAUUUAAUUUCUGUACUAAAGUUCUAAUAUUGUUAACAAUAACAAGGAAUAGAGAAACGACACAUUACUUGUGUCAAAUAAUAGUAGAUCUCAUGACGUUUUGCAAUUGCAGUGCUUUCUUUUUCUCGAAGCGUUUCGUCGCAUCACAUUUAUUAUCUAGAUAUGGUUUCUUGGUAAUGUAAAUAUUUUUUUCCAAUCCUUAUCUCUGAACCUUGCCACCUCUUUUUUUAUAGCAACCUUGAAAUGUCGUUGACUGUCGGGGUUAAAGAAAUUGAUGAUACGCUAUCUGUAAGAAUUGUGAUAAAUUAUACAACAAUUGGAGUUACUAAUGUAACUUUUAACUGUUUUUACGACUAUAUGGCGACAGUGGGAUCGAUUGUAUGAAAGAGGAUAAUUUAUAUUCUAUAGGCAUAUCUAAAAGGUCAACAUUUUAUGUGAAGUCGUAAAAUAUUUGUAUUUAAAUUUAGUUGAUGAAGUACUGAAGUACGAAAAGUGAACUGUAAAUUAAUGAUGCCAAGUCUGAAUCACAGAAUAUUUUCGUUUUCACGUGGUCAAUUAAAAAUACUAAUUAAAUUAUCCCACGCAUCUUCGGCAUAUAUAUCUUCUAUAGAUUUUAUUAGUGAACGAUGGAAUUUUCGAUACCUACUUUUAUUAUCUUUUUAUGGAAUUUUAGAUUGGACCUUCUGUAGUAAAACAUCAACAUUAUUAUGCUGUAGAAUGUUCCUUUUUUUUUAAAUAAACUGAUCGGCGAUUCUCAGUGAGCUAUAGAUUUAAAUUAUCUUCAAAUGAAUUAAUGAACGUGCUAAGAAGUGCAGCCGGUUCUGUGAAAUACCGCACAACUAAUUUAGCAACAACUUUCAUAGGCUCGCCAUUCUUCGAGCUAUUUAAUGUAUAAAAAGGCGAUUCAGUCACUGUUUCAACGGGUCAAAUGUAAACAUAAUGCUUUUUGACAGAUUUUAUUAAACUUACCACCCAAGUUAGUAUACUAACUUCAUGACCAGUACCCCUAGUGUAACUAAAUUCGAUUUUGAAACUUGACGUACGCGUUUGCGUUUAGUCUCAUUUUGUAUUGGAUUUAGGAAGAGCGCGCCAAGCGGGACGUUUUGGAACCUCAAAAUCCUAUACAAAAUGAGACUUAACGCAAACGCGUUCGUCACGUUAUGAUGUCGAUCAAAGUUACACUAGGGGUACUGAAGCAUUGAGUUUACAUUUUUCCCAUUUUAUUUUUCGUAUAUGUAUUCGAAAGCCAUUGGUUUUCACUAAAUGUGAUGAUGGAUUUAGGCUUUAAUUGACUGCUUUUAUAGUCACGGCUUAUUUUACCUCUCACGCCUAACUUCACAUAGGUCUCAGUUACAUUAGGUCUAGGCCUCUAGGUCUCUCUAGGCCUCAGUGGCACUAGGUUAAUUACAGCCUGAAUCCCCGGAACAUGUAAUGUGUAAGUAAAGUAAGGUGUUUACUUUGUGCAAUUGUUAAUGCUUAGUAAGAAGAUGUUGCCAGUUACUAGUCGUUUUAUGGUUAUUUUUAAUACUGUAGGCCUCUGAAAGCUAAAAUUAAAGUACUAAUAAGUGACACUCCCAUAAUGAAUAUAACCAUAAAAUGAAUUAGUGAAAAAGUUUUAGUCCGAGUCCAGUACGAGGAUCAGCAAUUGCACAAAAUAAUGCAACAUAGCUGUAAGAUUUUAAUGUAUUGUUCAGAUGCAAAUAUUUAGAAGGAUCAGCAUGUAAAUAACGUAAUAUAGCAACAAAUAAAAAUUUUAAGCAAAGCACCGAUGGUGGCGCAUUUUUUAUAAUAUUGCGUAGAAUCAUUUUUAGACGGGCUUUGACGCAUUUUUUAUGUAUUAUAUAAGUAACUAAAUUUUAAGAGAAACUUACUAAGUAUUCGCUUUGUUUAGUGAUUUUAAAACGUUAAUGUUUAAUUUUAACGUAAUUUCUUAUGGAACAUAACUGUCAAACCUAUAUUUGCUGACUUUUUUGGUUCGGGCAAUAAAUACGGUUUGGUUUUUAAAAUGGACUUUAAGUAUGCGGCAAUAAGGACGAAGGAAUACAUUCUUGUAAUGUAUUAAUAUACCAUACUGAGGAGUGGGUCAAUCCCGAUAAGUCGAGCUAAUUGGUUUUUGAAAUUAGAACUAAACGUGAUGCGCAUAGAGUUCUCAUUUUAAAUGACAAAAUAUCAGGACUUAUCGGGUUUGUCCGCUCACCCCUUUCGGUUUAGACCAGUUAGAUAAGGAUGGAAGUUAACAUUGUUGUAUCUACUGGCAUUAUUAUGAUAUUUAGUAACAUCAGCCUCAGAAUUCGAAUUUUAGCAACUGAAUCUUAACUUAAUCCUUCAAUGAAAGGGUUAAUAUAAUUCGAAACAUAAUUUUACGUAACAAUGUUAUUUUAAAAGUAAGUUUUAAUGUUUGUCUUCUUUAUCGGUGUUAGAAAUAAUUGGUAAAUUGUUUCAAGUCCUAAUGUAAUGAUUUGUAUAACCCAGUCCAUGUAAGUCGAUGUAUUCCUUGUAUCUGCUUUCGGGUAACUGCUAUAUAAUUAUUUUUGUAUACAAAUGAACUCGGGUUGAUAGGCGUAACGCUGUCGAAGUAAUUCUUCCAAAUAUUGUAAAGCCUCUGAAUAAUUCAAAAUAUAUUUAUAUUAACUGUUCA